AUGGGCGACUCGGACAACGACUCGGGCGGGCACCCGAGCGCGGGCGGCGGCGGGGAGAUGGCGUCGCCGAGGGAGCAAGACAGGUUCCUGCCGAUCGCGAACGUAAGCAGGAUCAUGAAGAGGGCGCUUCCUGCCAAUGCCAAGAUCUCGAAGGAUGCGAAGGAGACGGUGCAGGAGUGCGUGUCGGAGUUCAUCAGCUUCAUCACCGGGGAGGCCUCCGACAAGUGCCAGCGGGAGCGCCGGAAGACCAUCAACGGCGACGAUCUGCUGUGGGCCAUGACUACGCUCGGCUUCGAGGACUACGUGGAGCCAUUGAAGGGCUACCUCCAGCGAUUCAGGGAGCUGGAGGGAGAGAAGGCGGCCGUUGUCACGGGGCGUGAGAGGGACGCGCCCGGCGAGGCGGCGGGGGAAGGUAACUACGCCUUGGGUGGGUUUCAAGGAUAUGGGCCCGGGCCCGGGCCCGGCGGAAGUGGCGGUGGUGGUGGGGGUGGGUUUUAUAAUAAUAAUAAUAAUAAUAGUGGGGUGGCGAUAAUGGGUCAUAGUGGCGGUCCUGUGUAUACUGGGCCUGGAGUCGGUUUGGGUAGGCCCAGAUAG